CACUGGCUCACUGCACUCUCCCAUUGUCCGAUGACUACACCGUUAUCACAUCACGUGAUGUUUACGGACGCUGGUGGAACCAACCGGAAAUACCACUAGCACGAUCCACGUAUAUGGUACCCAUUCACAGCGAAUUCCUUCCGCGUCACGUUCAUGAAAGAUCCAAAGGAAAAAAUCAUCCAGCCCUCUGGAGAGAACAGAUGCCAGCUCAGUACUUCUAUUAUGAGAUACCGCCGGCGUCAAAAAUGGUCGCAUGGUGAAGUUCGCAAACGUCACGCUGGCAGAACCAUGUUCUGCCAAGUUUUGUCAGUUCUGCAGGCAGAAUUGCCCUGAAAUAGUUCUGCCCAUGGUUUCCAAGAUCAGAUCAACCGUCCCUUGACCAUCUAACACUGCGGCUAUGUCGAAUAAUUCAAUCCCUAUUGUUGAUUUUGCUCCGUUCUUAGACGGAACUGCGAAACAGCAGGUUGCAGAUCAGCUCCUCGGGUCGUUCAAAUCGGCUGGAUUCGUCCACCUCACGAAUUUUGGUCUAUCGAACGAAGAGGUCCAAGAGAUGUUUGAUUUGUCGAAGCGCUUUUUUGCCCUUCCGCACAAAAUCAAAAUGCUUGCGCCUCAUCCAGACUCCGGAGCACAUCAUCGAGGUUAUUCCUUCCCCGGCCAGGAGAAAGAAACCCAACUCCCGGAAUCGGGAGAUUCCACUGAGGCUGAAAUACCAAUCCCGAGCGUGAAAGAGUCGUUCGACAUCGGGCGUGAGGACGAUGACUUGAUGCCAAACAUCUGGCCGCCCGAUCACAUCCUCCCCGGCUUCAAGGAAUCGUAUCUGGCGUUCUAUUGGAAAUGCUAUGAGGUUGAGAAAAACAUCCUCCGCGCGCUCGCGCUGGGUUUCGGCUUGGAGGAGGAGUGGCUUGUGAGAUAUCAUGGGAUGUCAGAUAAUGGGCUGAGACUACAACACUAUCCCGGCGUCGCCCUCGAAUCGGUCCUUUCGAACAAGGUUGCACGGAUAUCGAAUCAUACGGAUUUUGAUACACUCACAAUCCUCUUUCAAGACAACGUAGGAGGCCUCGAAGUCGAGGAUUCGAAUGAGUCUGGGAGUUUUUUGGCGGUACCACCAAUUCCCAACUCGAUCGUCGUUAACGCAGGAGAUUUUUUGCGGCGAUGGUCGAAUGACACAAUACGGAGCGCGAUGCAUCGCGUUCGCGCGCCGCCGCAUGCGGUGACGAGGGAUGGCAUGCUUCCAGAUCGAUAUUCUAUCCCCUACUUCUGUGCUGCCGACCUUUCCACAGUCGUCGAUUCGAUCCCUGGUACGUGGUCAGCGGAUUAUCCCAAAAAGUAUGAGCCCGUGUCGGUGAAAGAGUAUGUAAUGAAGCGGUUUGCCGCGGAUUAUUAAAGCUGGUGAAAGGUGCUAUGGGUUGACAUGAAUAUCAAGUAUGAUACAUUUUCGUUUGUCCGAAUGCCAAAGGUUUAUGUAGAAUGACGGAUACCUUUCUGUAGAGUUUGGAGAUGGCUUCAAACCUGUGAUGGCGUGAUAUCGAGAUUCAGGUACCAUGAUGGGCAUUUGUUUUGAGUUCGACACAUCGACAUGUACUUUCUUUCAGAUGACGAUUUAGAAAGAUCCUUCCUGACCCCCCGGAAUAGUAUUAGCAAGUCGCACAGCUUAUGUAAUUGCGUAGAAACUGAAGUACUGAAGUAC